AUGGGCUGUUCAGGGAGGAAAACUCUCUCUUUCUUCCUUAUUUUUGUGCUUGUUUAUCUACAUGGGGCUUUGUCACAGGAAGCCAACCCAGCAGGGCCAAGGAAACCCUUGUUUGAGAGGCUGCGUAGACUCGAAGAGCAGUUUCGGAGAUUCCAAGAGGUGACCUUAACACACCUGCAAGGCAUCGCCAACAACUACAAUGUUUCCUAUAACAUUGACAUCCGGUUCCAGAGCCUGGCAGAAGAGAGCCAGGCCAUGGCCUUGGUGAUCAACCAGACGAAGGCUGCUGUGCAGCGUGAGCUGGCCCACCUCAAGGCCUGGGUAAGGAAGAUCCAGCGCAGAAGCCGGAAGACAGAGGCAAGGCUGCAGGCCUUGGACCUCGCCCUGAGUGAGAAGAGUCAGCUGUGGGCCCAGGAGAGAAUAGUGCAGAAGGACGUCACCUCAGGAGCAACCCUGGACAGGCAGGCCCUGCAGGACAUGCUGGCACACCUGACACACCAAGUCCACAACCAGGGUGCCAGGCUGGCUGCUCUUGAGAACCAGCUGCAGGUAGUCAACCUUAGGACUGCAGCUCUGGUGCCAGCCCCAGCCCCAGCCCAGGCCCCAACCCCAGCUCCAUCGGAGCAGCCUCACUUGAGUUCCCUGAAGCUGCAGAGGGGCUGGCAGGCACUCAGAGCUGCAUCAAAGCACAGGAGCCCUGCUCAGGACUCAGCUGCCCAUCCUCAGGAGACAAGGGAGCCCCCAGCUUCAGGCAGCCAUCAGGUACCUGAUGGGACUGCCGCAGCCCCGAGGAACCCUCCUCAGCAGGCAUGGAUCCCCAAGAGACCUGGAGAGAUGUGCAGCGGAGGCCUUGUGCUCACUUUCCCGAACUCCUCCACUGAGAACAUGGUCUCCCUCAGCCCUGGCUUCCUCACAGCCCUACGAGCCCUGUCCUUCUGCAGCUGGAUCCGAACAGCCUCUGGCCACCUGGGGACCCUCAUCUCCUAUGCCACAGAAGACAAUGACAAUAAGCUGGUGCUGUAUGGCCGAGAUUCCCUGGUACCUGGAUCCAUCCACUUUGUGAUCGGGGACCCAGCCUUCCGAGAGCUUCCUUUGCAGCUCCUGCUGGACCGCCAGUGGCACCAUGUCUGUGUCAUCUGGACAUCCAUCCAGGGCAGGUAUUGGCUCCACGUGGACCGCAGGCUAGUAGCCACUGGUUCCCACUUUAGGGAGGGCUAUGAGAUCCCCCCUGGAGGGUCCCUUGUCCUAGGCCAGGAGCAAGACAGCGUGGGGGGCAGGUUUGACAUUUCUGAGGCUUUUGUGGGAAGCAUGUCUGGCCUGGCCAUCUGGGACCGGGUGCUGGUCCCUGGGGAAGUCGCAAACCUUGCCAUAGGGAAGGAGCUCCCAAGAGGCGCAAUCCUGACACUGGCCAAUGCCACACCGGUAGGUGGAUUCGUGCAGAGGGCUAACUGCACCUGCCUAGAACUCUGUCUAUGA